CCUUGUACUGACUAUGAUGCACAACAAACAAGAAUAGUCCAAUGCGGUGCUGCCGUUCCGCAGAUACGCGCGUACAGACAUUAAUUUAAGCGAUUAAUUUUUAUUUAAACCUACGCAGAACAAUAAUACUAUAGUAUCAGAACUAACCGGUCCUAUUGUGAGGCAGACGUAAUAUUGUGUCACGUAGAUAAUAAACACCACGGUUCUAAACCCUUACAAAUGUUACAAAGACGAAGAAGUUAACAUUUUUCAAAAUUCAAAUAUUUUCACAGACGUUUUAGACCAUGCGAAGAUAUAACACGUAUUCAAUAUGCUUGAUAUUUGCUCUCAGCAUCUCUCUCUUUAUCAUCGCCAGUUUAUAUGUCGACAAAACUAUUUACCUAACAUCGACUGAACAUUGGAGGAGCUUAAAGGUAAUAAUCAAAGUUGAAGAUAGUGAAGACUCAUACGUACAAGAAAUACCCAUUAAGUUGUACUAUAAAGUAAAUAAUAGUGCGACAAAUAAAGGAGAUAUACAUACUAUGACUAAUGAAAACCAGUCUCAUGGCACGACAGUCAUAAAUAAUGCUUCCAUCCCGACACAAAAAGAAACACAUUUGGCUACAGACAUCGAAAAUAUAUUGGAUAAAGCACGAUCUGACAUUCGACGGCAGCUCUCUAACUAUAACUUAUCAUAUUCGGGUGUUGAUGCCUUAGAGGAUUUAGUCAUGGAGUCUGGAGGACAUCCGAUAAGGACGCUCGUUAUAUCAUCAUGGAGAUCAGGAUCUACAUUCCUCGGUGACCUUGUGAAUUCCAUUCCCAGCAACUAUUAUCAUUACGAACCCCUGCUAAUGUUCGGAACAAAACAAAUAAGGAGGCCGACUGAUGCGACCGAGGCCCUGAGCAUUGUCACGCGUAUGUUCAAAUGUAACUUCGAAGGUUUGGAGGAGUAUUUUGAAUUUGAAAGUAAAGACUUGUCCUUAUUUAGCCACAGUACUAGGUUAUGGGAUUAUUGCAAGGACGACAAAACAAACGACCUUUGUUUUAAUGCUGAUUUCAUUUCAAGAAUGUGUAAACUGUUUCCCUUUCAAAGUAUGAAGCUUGUGCGGUUAAGGUUACGCCUUGUCGAUGAAAUAUUGAAUGAUACAGAGCUUAAUGUAAAGGUGAUCCUGUUAAUGCGUGACCCUCGCGGUCUGAUGCAGUCCAGACGUCACCGUCGGUUCUGUGAGCUGUCCUCAGACUGCUGGGAGCCGUCUCUUGUGUGUGCUGACAUGGUCAGCGACUACAUUGCAGCUCGGAACAUAAUGCAACGAUAUCCGGGUCGGCUGUUGGUUAUCCGAUUCGAGGACCUAGCACUGAAGCCAGAUAUAACUUCGCAGCAAAUUCUGGACUUCAUGAAAGUGGAUGGAAGGAAGGCGUUCGACGAGUUCUUGAGCUCCCACACCAACAUGGAGGUGGCUGGAGUGCACUCCACGUUCAAGGUCACGCGGAACAUUCCUUUCAAAUGGAAGUACACCUUGGAUUACCACUAUGUUGAAGACUUACAGAUAGCCUGUAAAGAAGCCAUGAGUUUAUGGGGUUAUAAAAUGGCGUACAACGAGACGCAGAUGAUGAGCAACGAGUUCAACCCCGUCGAGGAUUACACCAUCUCAAAAUGAACACACCACGCAUGGUUCAGUGAACAUUUUACUCAAAAGUAUUACGUCAGAGUUGUUUAGACGUAGAACUCCUGACAAUUAUACUGCGUUCUAAUUUUACGUAACGGUAAAAAUAUUGGGAAUUUGUUUUUAUUAUCAUCUACCAACGACUAUUUGGGUGGCAUGUGUCAGUGAACUUGUAUGUUUGUAAACGCACCCACGACACAGGAGAAAAUCCUAGAAAAAAAAUUUGUAAAUGUGCUUGAAUUAAAGCAGUAAUUUGGUUCCUAAAUUAUUUCUG